AUGACCACGAUCAAGAGGGUGAACACCGGCGAGAUGCUGGGUGCAAGGGAGUACAAAUACACCCAGGAGAUCUCACAGAUGAUGUUUGUAUUCGGCGAGGUGCAGGAACCUAACUUGGACACUGUGAAUCUCGUCGAGGAUAUCGUUCGAGGACAGCUAAUUGAGCUGAUUGUACAAGCCCGAGCACUGGCUGUACGACGGGGAGCGCGUUACCUGACAGCUGAGGACCUCAUCUUUCUAAUUCGUCACGACCGAGGCAAGGUCAAUCGACUACGAACAUACCUUUCCUGGAAAGACGUGCGUAAACAUGCUAAGGAUUCUGGCGGCGAUGGGGGAGGUGGUGUCGAAGUCGAGACCUUGGAAGACGGUGCUGAUGACAAACUUGCUGCAAAGGCUCAGAAGAUCACUAUUAAACUGCCCUGGGAAAUUACGACAAUAUAUUCGGAGGUCCUUAAGCAAAGCGGGCAUCAAUCGGACGACGAAGAAGACGAGGAUGAUAUUGAAGCUCAUGAAGCAUCUAUACAGCGUCUAAAGGAAGCCGAUGAUGCCACUCGUCAAAUGACCAGAGAGGAAUAUCAACAUUAUUCUGACUGCCGACAGGCUUCAUUUACAUACCGCAAAGCCAAACGAUUCCGCGAGUUCCUCAACCUUCCACCACACCUCGAUCUGAAAGCGAACGACGACACGGUUGACAUCGUCGGUUUCCUUGCUUUUGAAAUGGUCCGCUCCCUCACCCUGGCUGGUCUCUCUGUCAAAAAGUCACUGGAAGAGGCCUCUCUACUCGACGAAUACACGUCGCCCGUCAUGGGCAAGCGGAAGGCAAAUUCACUAGGCGGCUCUGCAGAGAAGCGCAGAAGGGAGGAGGAAGAGGAACGCGACGAAUAUACGCUUCCCGUCAACUCACUAUUCUUACCCCCACCGGAGGCACGGAUAGCUAUACAGCCAGAACACAUCCAGGACGCAUUUUCGCGAAUGCAAGGCGACUGGUCACAUCAUCGAGCCGCUGGAAUGCACAAUUGGAGGGGUGGUCUUGUUCGAACCAGAGUUACUCUCAUCUAA